CUCACUUUCUCCUCGCGUCAGUUCCACCGCCUCCAGAGGCUUUCCCCCUACUUGGUCCUGGUCUGCCCUCACUUGCAUUGCGCUCGUCGCAUGGUCAGCUCGUCAUGACUGUCACACGCUCUCAAACGGGGAAAACCCCCAGGAAAAUGGAGCGCCCCGGCUUCAUCGAAACCCCCGGCCGUCGGGUCACCCGCAGCAGCGCAUUGGCUCCUGAUGCCAACACGGACGAUGCUUCGGACUCUGCCAUCGAUAUUCGCGAAAACUCGAAGUCGGCGACUCGCAGGCGCACUUCCGGAAAAGUGAAACCCGAGGAUGCCUCCGAGGAGGAACCCAAGGAGAUAGCGACGAACGGGCUCGCGCGCGACUCCCCUCAAAAGAAGCCCCGGGUGGUGGACGGCUGGGAGGAGGGCAAGGAUCCGAAAAUUGAUUACAGCGGCCACUUUGAAUUUGGAGGCUCCUACGGAGUGCUGUCCAUGAUGAUCGGGUUCCCGUUGCUGAUGUACUACAUGUGGAUUGGCGCCACCUACUACGAUGGCAAAUUCCCUCGUCCGGCCGCCGACCAGAGCUUCUCGGACUUUGUCGCGCAUUUGGGUCACUUGGUGUACGAGGGCGCAUUCCCCUCGUUGAAGGCGUGGACCAUCUACUGGGUGUUCUUCGUCUUUGAGGGCGCCUGCUAUCUGCUUCUUCCCGGCAUCACGGUCAUGGGUCGUCCUCUUCCGCAGCUCGGAGGAAAGCAGCUGCCCUACUACUGCUCUGCCGUCUGGUCCUUCUACACCAGCAUUGUGCUGGCUUUGCUGCUGCACGUCACCGGCGUCUUCAAGCUCUACACCAUCAUCGACGAGUUCGGCCCUCUCCUCAGUGUCGCCAUUCUGUCCGGCUUUCUGGUUUCUUUCGUCGCCUAUUUUUCGACGCUGGCCCGUGGCGCGGAACAUCGCAUGACGGGUCAUCACAUCUAUGACUUUUUCAUGGGCGCGGAACUCAACCCCCGCAUGUUCGGCAUCCUGGAUUUCAAGAUGUUCUUCGAGGUCCGCCUCCCCUGGUACAUUCUUCUUUUCGUCACCAUGGGUGCCGCGGCCAGACAGUACGAGGUCUACGGAUACGUGUCUGGAGAAGUCGGAUUCCUUCUGAUGGCACAUUUCCUCUACGCGAACGCCUGCUCCAAGGGCGAGGAGUGCAUCGUGUCGACUUGGGACAUGUACUACGAAAAAUGGGGCUUCAUGCUGAUCUUCUGGAACCUCGCCGGCGUGCCGCUCAGUUACUGCCACUGCACGAUCUACCUUGCCAACCACGACCCUGCCACCUACCACUGGAACCGCUACUUCCUGGUUGUUCUCUACGUCGCCUAUCUCUUCGUCUACUGGAUUUGGGAUACGACCAACAGUCAGAAGAACCGCUUCCGUCAGCAGGAGCGUGGUACCAUGGUCUUCCGGAACACCUUCCCCCAGUUGCCGUGGCAGACCGUCGAAAACCCCAAGACCAUCACUUCCGCGGACGGCUCAAAGAUCUUGGUUGACGGCUGGUAUGGCAAGGCUCGCAAGAUCCAUUACACUUGCGAUCUCUUCUUUGCCUUGAACUGGGGCCUCAUCACCGGCUUCAACAGCCCCUUCCCCUGGUUCUACCCGCUUUUCUUUGCCUGCAUGAUUAGCCACCGAGCCAUGCGCGACAUCCAGCGGUGCCGCAACAAGUACGGCGAAGCCUGGAGGGAGUAUGAGAGACAGGUGCCCUACUUGUUCAUUCCCGCGGACGGCAAGGGAAGCAUGCGCAUCUAUGUCUUCCAUCCCACCAUCCCCGGGUAUCCCAAGGCCCGCUUCCCCGGCGUAGUAGUGUUUAGUGAAAUCUACCAAGUCACGGGCCCCGUUGCGCGCUUCGCUCGACAGAUUGCCGGUCAAGGCUACAUUUGUGCGGCGCCGUCCACUUAUCAUGAAUUUACUGGUCCGGAGCCAUUGGAAUACAAUGCCCAGGACACGGACAAUGGGAACAAGUGGAAGAUCACCAAGAAACUCGCGGCUUACGACGAGGACGCCUCCUUGUGCGUCGACUAUCUCUUGUCGCUCCCCACGUGCAAUGGCCGGGUCGGCGCAACGGGUAUGUGCCUAGGUGGGCAUCUUGCGUAUCGCUGCGCGUUGGACAGCCGAGUGAAGGCAGCGGUGUGUUACUUCGCCACGGACGUCCACAGCAAGACUUUGGCCGAGGGCAAGAACGACGACAGCUUGGCGAGAGCCGGCGAUAUCAAGGGUGAACUACUCAUGAUCUUCGGAAAGAAUGACAACCAUGUCCCACCGGAGGGAAGGGAUUUGAUCCGGAAGACUCUUCAUGAUCGAGGGGUCCUGUUUGGUUUUUACGAGGUGGCUUGGGCUCAGCAUGCUUUCAUCCGCGAUGAACUCAGCAAGGGACGGUAUGACCCGGCCAUUAGCAAGGUAUGCUUUGAGAUGCUGCUUGAGCUGUUCGGACGAACUUUAAAGCUGGAUCUGGGCGAGCAUGACGGGAAGGACCUGGAGAUCGAGGAUGUCUGCUAGAGAGAUGUCGGUCGCAAGGUGGGCUUUAUUGGUCGAUCCCUCUAUAAUCAUGACUAGGCAACGAAAUCAAUGCCACCUUGCUUUCGACCAGUUCAGAUUGUGCAAAUUGGCGGUUGCGUCAUAAGCUCCAG